GGGGAUAUCCGGACUUGAAAGGACUCGGGUUCAGAACAGGUAUCAGUUUGUGGGAAACGGUGUCCGCUGCAGAAGUCUCCCCGUCCGCUGCCAGAGCUAUGCCUUCUGCCGCGUUGAAGUCUCCGCGCCUGCGUCGCGUGUUCGUAGUCGGCGUUGGCAUGACUAAGUUCAUGAAGCCUGGAGGUGAAAAUUCACGAGAUUAUCCUGAUUUGGCAAAGGAAGCAGGCCAGAAGGCCCUGGCAGAUGCGCAGAUCCCUUACUCCGCAGUGGAGCAGGCAUGCGUUGGCUAUGUGUACGGGGACUCCACCUGCGGGCAGAGGGCUAUCUACCACAGUUUGGGAUUGACUGGCAUUCCUAUAAUUAAUGUCAACAAUAACUGUUCUACGGGUUCGACUGCCUUGUUCAUGGCGCGGCAACUGAUUCAAGGAGGUGUGGCAGAUUGUGUGCUGGCGCUCGGGUUUGAGAAGAUGGAAAGGGGAUCCCUUGCGAUAAAGUAUUCAGAUCGGUCCAAUCCAGUUGACAAACAUCUUGAUGUCUUGAUCAACAAGCACGGACUCUCUGCCCACCCAGUUGCUCCUCAGAUGUUCGGGCACGCUGGGAAAGAACAUAUGGAAAAAUAUGGAACAAAAGUUGAACACUUUGCAAAAAUUGGAUGGAAAAAUCAUAAGCACUCAGUGAAUAACCCGUAUUCCCAGUUUCAAGAUGAGUACAGCAUAGAUGAAAUAAUGAGCUCAAAACCGGUUUUUGAUUUUCUGACUAUCUUACAGUGCUGUCCCACCUCAGAUGGCGCAGCCGCGGCGAUUCUGUCCAGUGAGGACUUUGUGCAAAAGUACGGCUUGCAGUCUAAAGCUGUGGAGAUUGUGGCGCAGGAGAUGAUGACCGACUUGCCCAGCACAUUUGAAGAAAAAAGCAUAAUUAAAAUGGUUGGCUAUGACAUGAGUAAAGAAGCUGCCAGGCGGUGCUAUGAGAAGUCCGGCCUGAGACCAAAAGAUGUUGACGUGAUAGAGCUUCACGACUGCUUCUCGUCCAAUGAGCUCCUGACUUACGAAGCACUGGGGCUCUGUCCAGAAGGACAAGGUGGAGCACUGGUUGACAGAGGAGACAACACUUAUGGAGGAAAAUGGGUCAUAAACCCUAGUGGUGGACUCAUUUCAAAGGGACACCCACUGGGAGCUACAGGUCUGGCUCAGUGCGCGGAGCUCUGCUGGCAGCUGAGAGGCGAAGCCGGAAAGAGGCAGGUUCCCGGGGCAAAGGUGGCUCUGCAGCACAAUUUAGGCCUUGGAGGAGCUGCGGUUGUCACCCUCUACAGGAUGGGUUUUCCUGAAGGUACCAGCUCCUUCAGAGCGCACCAGAUUUCGGCCGCUCCCACGAGCUCUGCAGGCGAUGGGUUCAAGGCAGAUCUUGUCUUUAAGGAGAUCGAGAAGAAGCUACAAGAGGAAGGGGAGCAGUUUGUGAAGAAAAUCGGUGGCAUUUUUGCCUUCAAAGUGAAGGACGGCCCCGGGGGCAAAGAGGCCACCUGGGUGGUGGACGUGAAGAACGGCAAAGGGUCGGUGCUUCCCAGCUCAGAUAAGAAAGCUGACUGCACCAUCACCAUGGCCGACUCAGACUUGCUGGCUUUGAUGACUGGCAAAAUGAACCCUCAGUCGGCCUUCUUUCAAGGUAAAUUGAAAAUUGCUGGUAACAUGGGUCUGGCAAUGAAACUGCAAAACCUCCAGCUUCAGCCGGGCAAAGCUAAGCUGUGAAGAGCCUCUUCGGCAACUCAGGACAUCAAGAUGAGAUUUAUAGAUGUAUAGAGAUAUCCACGUCUCAUUCAGAACUUAGCUAAGUGGGUGUGGCCAAUCAUGUUUUUUCUGAGCUGGGGGUGUGUAGGGCCUCGCAGCCUGCCACUGCG